GUCAGUGACCGUGUUCAAAUUAGAACACAAAUCCGCUUCCACCAACAUAUACAACACGACACACGUCAUCAGCAGCGUGUCUAUAAGCUGUCAUUUUUUGAUUUGAGGUUUUGAUUAAGCGGUGGUCCAGUUGUAUAAAAAUAAUUAUUUUCUUAUUGUAAGAAGUGUAUAUUCGUAAAAGUAAAACAAAUUCAAAUAUGUCUGGGCAAUGGGAAGUUGUUACCAAAAAAAGAGAUAAAGGAAGUAAAUUACCAAUACCUAAAGUCAACAACUCUAAAGACUUUAAAAAUAAUAAAAACGUCCUCAAUGGAGUGAAAAUUGAAGAAGUUCUACCUAAAUCGCAAGUGCAGAAUUUAUAUAGUAGUAAACUUAAAGAAAAUAAGUUGUUAGAUAAAAAUAAACCUAAAGAGAAUGUUAAAAAGGCAGUGGUUAAAAAAGAGAAACAAGUGGAACAUACGAAACCUAAACCUCCCAAGUCCAUUGAAAGUGCUCUUAAUGCUAUUGAUGUUAAUGAAUUUAAAGAUGUUUAUGAAAAAAAUAAAAAUCAUUUUCCUGAAGCACCAAUAGUAUGGCUGAAGGAAUUAUUGCAGUAUUUAAAUCAGAAAGUUCCAAUUGAGAGCCAUGAUCCUGUUUUUUCAACAAAACCUAUCAACUAUCCUCUCAGUGUGGUUCCUUCUGGUUUAAAUGCUAUUAUUCAGAAAGUACUGAAAGAAGCAGGCAAAAGUAAUAUCCAAUUAUUUUUCGACAUUUGUUUGACUUCAUUGGCUACUGAAAUGAGCAAAGGGCUUCCAGCUACAGGAUAUAAGAUAUUUUUACAGUAUAUUUCUUUACAAGAACCUACAUUAGUGAUGACCAGUAUUCAGAAACAUGUUAAUUUAAGAAAUUCUUAUCAAAAUAGACCCAACAUAGGACUAUCGAUACUUUGGGGUAUAAGUCAUGUAGGUUAUAAGAAUUUCAGCAGUGGAUUGUUAGUUUUUCAGGAUUUAUUUCUACCAUUACUAGAAAUGAAACAUUAUUCUCGUUACGUGCUAACUUAUUUGAUAAACUUGCUGAAAAUUAACAAAGAAAAACCUUUAUCGUUGGAUGAACUGUUGUUAAUAUUGAAUGUUGUAUAUAAUAACAAAAAGAACAUGCCAAAUGAUUUGAUACAAGAAUUGACUGCAAUUGUUUCUGACAUCAAACCUUCAUCUAUUAAACAGUCAGGCAACAUAGAUAUAUUGCUCAAGAACAUUAAUUUAAAUAGUAAUGCCUUAUAUCAGACUUACCUGUGUGAUAUUUUAGUGGAGACUUUUUAUAAUGACCAAUCCACUUUGUCUACUUGGGGUAAAAUUUAUUCUAAAAACAUACAAUCCAGUGCCAUACUUCUGGAAUACAUGAGUAAUAAUUGGUCUAAAAUUUAUAAAAAGAUUAACAGAAAUGCAUUCAAUAGUUUAAUAACUAAUAUAAAAUCAAUAAAUGAGGAGUUAUCUUUGAAGAAACGUAAAGAAGAAGGAGUUAAAUCAAGUAUUGCAGCUAUCCAGAAAAUUGAGAAAAAAAUGGUUGUCAAGGAGAAGAAAGGUUCUUCUUCCAAGUUGUUAAUAAUAUUAUUAUUAACAAUUGGUGGUUUAUUAUACUACGAUAUUAAACAACAUGGAAGUUGGAAUGAAAGCCUAACAAAUAAGACAUUAAAAGAAUAUAAAGUUUGUGAAUAUAGCCAUUUGGUAAUUGAUAAACUAAAAGAAGGAUUGCAUUGGACUAGUGAAAAGAUUGAAGAGCAUUUUCCGAAUUUGCAACAAACCAUUAUCACAUAUUCUGAACCAUACGUAGAAUUGGCCAUCAAUUUGGGAAAACUUUGUCGUAAUGCUUAUUAUGAUAUAAAAGAGAGAGUUUUAGAGAAGUAUCCUGUAGUAGUUGAAUCGGUAGAAGUAUAUUUACCUGGGAUUAUAGAAAACUCUCAAAAAAUGCUAAGCAAUGCUUAUGUAACAUCUAUUUUGUAUUAUAAUAGAGGAAUGGACUAUCUUAAAAAUGAAGUAUUUGUUGGUCAACUGUCGCCGGAAAACAUGCAGAGAGUUGUUAUAGAAGCCUUCAAUUCGACACAACAAAAGGCAACAGAAUACUACCAUUGGAUUUACGAAAAAGUUCAGACAAGCAUUAAAUGAAAUUAAAUUGUUGAAUAAUUAGGUUUUCGAAUUAAUUUCAAUCAAAAAACAUCUGUACUACCACAUUAAUUCAUCAUUCAUCUUAAUAUGACAAAUAAUCAUGUAUGUUUACUGUAUACCUGUAUACAAGAUUUAUUUUGAAAGUUGACAAUAUAAUUCAAUAAAUAAAAAUUAAAUUGGUUGAUAGAUGUGUGUGUAGUAGGUGAAACUGAAAGCGUUCAAUCAUUUUUUUGUGUUUAAUUGGACUGAUAAAAUAGUACAUUUAAUUUCGAACUAAUUUUUUCAAGCUACAUGCUUCCAUAUCACUUUUGAAAUCAUAUUUUUCCUUCCAUUUUAAAAUAAAAGAUGCAUGAAUUCCUUAUCUGCUGUAAUUGUCUCUUAUGCUUCACUUAUUGUUGAUGAUAUUAGAAACAUUCAAAAUCAAUUAAAGACUAAAAAACAUAUAUAUCAACAAUUUCCAUUCAUGAAAAUGUUUAUUUAAUUGAGUAAUACUACAUAUCUCUUCAUGGUUCUUAACAAGUCACUUCAAUUCACAGUUAGUUUUUAAGAAUUACAAAGUCCUGUGGAUACGUAUCAUGAUAGAGCUACCAAAAGGUGCUACUUAGUUCAGUCAAGUCAUAAACCAUAAUUAUUUUUGUUAGUGUACCAACCAAUUUCAUUUUUUAAUAAACUUAGUAUACUUUCCAUUGUUUCCACAUUUUAUAUAUGGAUAAAGCUAUCUGGUGGUAGUAUUAUUGUAUUAGGAAACGAAUGUAAUUGUUAGCACUGAUUAAUUUAAUGGUUUGUAAUUUUUACCAAUCUUUUUUAUAUAUAAAAUUACUUUUUGUUAAUAUAUAAUUUAUUACCAAAAUAU